AGUCAGUGUUGGUUUGAGUGGGACACAAAUAUGAAAGCUGUCUAUCUAUGCAGCGCUCUGGCCCCACCUUCUUUGUAGUCCCCACAGACAAGGCCAGCCGGCUGGAGGCAGCGAGUAGAAGAGAGCCAGUGAGGGAGUGCAGCUCUCACACAGGCGAGGAGGAAAGCUGAGAAGAGAAGCAAGCCGUGCUCUUUUCCUUGUCCUGUCUCCUCACCCUCCCUCCCUCUCCCCCUGGCUUCCCCAAUACAAAGCUAUGGCUGGCAGCACCAUGCCAGCCUGUGACAGGAGGAGCAGAUGGGACUCGUCUUCCCCAUAGAAGAAGGCACAGGAGAAUAAUAAGGGAAUUCACAGGGCUGCCUGCAUGCACUGCAGUCUUCUGUCAAUGUGAGAGCUGCUGCACCCUCAGCCUGCCUCUUCAAGCUUCUUUUUUAUUUUUUUAUCUUUUCACUUUUUAUUUCCUGCUUUUCCAGUAUUUGCUGUGUGUGUGCAUACAUUGUUCCUGCCCUCCCCCCACCCUCUUGUAUAUUCCCCCCUUGCCUUGGGAAGGAGAUCAUAGCAAGGGACAGAAGAGAACUGAUUGGAACCUGCGGGCAGGCGACCAUCACUGCACAAUGGGAUGCUGUGGGAGCACACAGAGCUCUAAGAGGGACUGGAGGCCACUGGAAGAGCAUAGUUGUACUGACAUCCCAUGGCUACUAUUGUUUAUAUUGUUCUGUAUUGGCAUGGGCUUUAUUUGUGGCUUUUCUGUAGCCACUGGAGCUGCCUCACGUUUAAUCUCUGGUUAUGACAGCUAUGGGAAUAUUUGUGGACAGAAGAAUACGAAGGUAGAAGGCUAUGAAAACAGUGGUUUAGACCAUACCAACCGCAAGUAUGUAUUCUUUCUGGAUCCUUGUAAGCUGGACUUGAUAAACAGAAAAAUAAAAUCUAUAGCAUUGUGUGUUUCCCAGUGUCCGCAAGAGGAGCUUAAAACAUUGUCUGAUGUUCAAAAAUUUGCUGAAAAUAAUGGGUCACAUCUUUGUGAUUAUGCACUAUCCCCUAGCCAGUACACAAACAGUAUGAAAGCAUCGUCUCUGUGCCCGAAGCUUCCAGUGCCAGUAAGUGCACCUAUUCCAUUCUUCCAUCGCUGUGCUCCUGUGAACAUUUCCUGCUAUGCCAAGUUUGCAGAAGCCUUGAUCACUUUUGUCAGUGACAAUAGUGUCCUGCACAGGCUGAUUAGUGGAGUAAUGACCAGCAAAGAAAUUAUUAUUGGACUUUGCUUUUUGUCACUAGUGCUUUCAAUGAUUUUGAUGGUUAUAAUCAGAUACAUCUCUAGAGUGCUUGUGUGGAUCUUAACCAUCUUGGUCGUGCUGGGUUCUCUUGGAGGCACAGGUGUUCUUUGGUGGCUGUACGCCGAGCACAGGAAAUCGUUCAGUGAAGAUCUUCCAGCAGAUCAACUUCAAGUUUCCAAAGACAACCAGCAAGCCUUGCUCAUCUAUGCCAUUGCAGCCACUGUCUUUACCGUGAUCCUGUUGCUCAUCAUGCUGGUUAUGAGGAAGCGAGUUGGCCUCACAAUUGCCUUGUUCAAUGUGGCUGGAAAGGUUUUCAUACAUCUCCCAUUGCUAGUCUUCCAGCCCUUUUGGACCUUUUUUGCUCUUCUUCUGUUUUGGGUCUACUGGGUCAUGGUUCUGCUCUUUCUGGGAACUGCAGGUGAUCCAUAUACUAAUGAACAAGGGUUUGUGGAGUUCAAGAUUAAUGGCCCUCUGCAGUAUAUGUGGUGGUAUCAUGUUGUAGGGCUCAUAUGGAUCAGUGAGUUUAUUUUAGCCUGCCAGCAAAUGACCAUAGCUGGUGCUGUGGUAACAUAUUACUUCACAAGAAACAAGAGAGAGCUCCCAUUUACACCUAUUUUAGCUUCUGUAAAUCGACUAAUGCUCUACCAUCUGGGGACAGUGGCAAAAGGAGCCUUCAUUAUUACCCUGGUAAAAAUACCCCGAAUGAUCCUCAUGUACAUUCAUAGCCAGCUCAAGGGCAAGGAGAAUGCCUGUGCAAGGUGUAUGCUGAAAUCCUGUAUCUGCUGCCUUUGGUGUCUGGAAAAGUGCCUCACAUAUUUAAAUCAGAAUGCUUACACAGCGACUGCCAUCAACAGCACAAACUUCUGCACGUCUGCAAAAGAUGCACUUGUUAUCCUUGUGGAAAAUGUUCUAAGGGUUGCUACCAUUAAUACAGUGGGCGAUUUUGUACUCUUCCUUGGGAAGAUUUUGAUUGUGAGCACCACGGGCCUUGCAGGCAUUUUGCUGCUUAACUACCAGAGGGACUACACAGUGUGGGUGCUGCCGCUUAUCAUUGUCUGCCUUUUUGCCUUUCUUGUUGCUCACUGCUUCCUCUCCAUCUAUGAAAUGGUAGUAGAUGUAUUAUUCCUGUGUUUUGCUGUUGACACUAAAUAUAAUGAUGGGAGCCCUGGAAAGGAAUUCUACAUGGACAAAGUCCUAAUGGAAUUUGUGGAGAACAGUAGAAAAGCCAUGAAAGAGGGAAGUGGAGCUGAGAGCAGGGAACUGAAACCGAUGGCUUCGGGAACAAGUUCAGCUUGAAACUAGCGCAGCAAUACUGGACCACAUUGACAUUCCAAAACAAAACCGAUCAGCCAAAAUAUAAGCAGGGUUAAUAAUCUUCCUGUUUCUAUAUACGUAUAUAUUUUGCUCCGUCUCUUCUGGGUUGCUGCAAGCAGCAUCAAUGCUAAUACUUUUGUGUUGGGUGUACAGCGUGUGAAAGAUCAAGUUAUUUCCACUGAGGGGAAAUAAAAUCUUCCUGCUAUAUUCUCCUUCUUUUCCUCAAAUGAGGUUUGAUGCUUUAAUACACAAGAAGCAGAUUUUACACCUCGUAAGCUUCUUCUGUUGUAUUUUUGUUACAUGUAAAGAAUCUAUGGGAGGAAAUUUUUUUUUUUUGGUUUACAAAUUUAAGACAAAAUUACAAAUACGAGGGAACAAAUGUAGAUAUAUAUUUUUUUGUUAUGCUUUUGAACCCCCCCAAUGACCUCUGACACUACAAUACUAUCCCCAAUUUUGCACUAAAUGUCAAUGUAAUGUCAGUAAAAAUCAUGGUACAGGUUUUAAAAAAAAAAUGACAGAUGUUUACACAACUAGACAAAAGUGUUUUUAUGUUGUCAUUACAAAAGAGAAAAAAAAAACAUUUCCAUUUGCUCCAGCUCUGAAAGUGAUUUGCCUGCUGUUUUAUCUCUACUUCCUGAUCUUGCAAUGACUGUAAAUGUUGGCAUUUUUCCUUAAAUUUAGUACUGAUAGUCACAGCAGAGCUCAGGUUAUUUCCUCUCGCUUGUUACCUUACCAGACAACUGGCUUGCUGGUGAGUGUCUAUGCAGAAUACACUUAUGCCAUCACAUGGGACAUAAAACAGCUGACAUCCACUGUUCAUGAUUUUCAUUCCGUGGGACUUUAGGCAGCUUCAUAGUUUUUCAUAAACGAAAAAGUCCUAGCAUUGGACCAACACUCAUAUUUACAGGGCUUAUUUAGCAAUACUACUUGAGGGAAGACCUCUUUGUAAGGUUAAAGUUCAACAUGAGACUACAUUGCCAAUUUUAGUUGGCCUGUUUCUAUAAAGGUGGAUAUAAAAAUAAUAUAAAAAAAAAGCUUUAGAUGAGGCAGCCUUGAAUUAUGUCUGUAUUUGUGAUAUCUGAAAAGUCUGUAAGUCUUAUUUUUGCGGAAUGUUUGUAAUUUCUUCGAAGAAAUAAUGUUCUAAUCUGUUAAUGAAAUGUACGUAACCAUGUCACUUUCUCUGAAAGUGAAACAAAAUUGAUCUUUCUGAAAAGGAGGCUUCCCAAUGUUAUCAAUUUUUCACACAUGGCAAAAGCAUUGAUUUAGCAAUUGCAAAUUUACUUUGUUUACAUACUCUUGUUUUUAAUGACUUUUGUAGGAAAAAGAAAAUCUAAAAAUAAACACUUAUAUCCUGGUU